AAACUCACCUUCAAGUCCGCGCACUAAAGCAAGAAUCCGUUGAUCUAAAUUAAUACUAUAUUUCUGGUCCACUUUUAAAUAUCAAUUUAAAAAGGAAAAAUUCCUCUCUCUACUCCAUAUUGUCUAUUCUAUUGUAACUUGUAGGAGAGAGAGAAUGAAUACAUUUCAAAAAAAGGUAGUAGAGAGAGAGGGAAUGAAAAUAAUCAGAGAGAUGAUUAUUCAGUCACCAUCUCCACAAGUUCCAAUCUCCGCAAUUUCUCUCAUUGGUUUCAUUUUCUCCUUCUCUCCAUCUUCAAUAUCAUAUUAAUCCUUCCUUUCCAUUUUCUUUUUGAUCCAUUAUACGCCUUGUUGAUCUAACGCAUACAUACAUACAUACUCUUAAUUUCAAUAUCCUAAUCCUCGAUUCUCGAGCACACCACUUAACCGAUUCAAGCCAUCCUUUCCAUUUUGCUGGCUGCUAUUAGAGUUUCGGUUUCGCGUUUCCUUUUUUGUUGUGUAUUGGAUUACAACUACAGAUAGUUAGAAUCCGAGGCAAAUUCGUAAUUGCUCUAAUCUAUCGGGUAUAAACCGAAAGGGAGAACUGGGUAUUGAUUGAGAGCUCCGUUUGAACCCAACAGUAUCUGCGUAAAGAUUGAAAAGGGAGAGGGAAGAGUUGGGUCCUUUUUGGGGGAGGCUACAUUUUUUUACUCUUUUUUUUUUUUUUUUUUUGGGUUCUAGCUGGGUUGGAUAAAGGGUUGGCUUUAUAGCAUGCGAGUUGUUUUUAAUAAAGGAGGGAGCGUCAAGGGGGAACAGAGAGAGGGAUCGGGAUAGUGAAGGAGAGGAGACAAUAGUCAGUAAGUGAGUGAAUAAAAAAUGCAAGAACCAAAGACCAAGAGCAAUGGUGGUAAUGAAGAUUCCAAGAAGAAGGAAAGGCAUAUAGUUACCUGGACUCAACAGGAGGAUGAUAUUCUCCGCCAGCAAAUUAGCUUGCAUGGAACUGAAAAUUGGGCGAUCAUUGCUUCUAAAUUCAAGGACAAAACAACAAGACAAUGUAGAAGAAGAUGGUACACAUAUUUGAAUUCUGAUUUCAAGAAGGGGGGAUGGUCGCCAGAGGAAGACAUGCUCUUGUGUGAGGCCCAGAAAAUAUUCGGUAACAGAUGGACGGAAAUAGCCAAAGUUGUUUCUGGCAGAACGGAUAACGCUGUGAAGAAUCGGUUCUCCACUCUGUGCAAAAAGAGAGCGAAAUAUGAGGCUUUAGCAAAAGAGAAUAAAAACGCAUCUAUCAACUCCAACAACAAAAGAAUCCUUUUCCAUAAUGGGUUCAAUGCAGAUGGAACACCAGAAAAUGCAGCACCUGCUAAGAAAACGAGGAGGUCCCACAUCCCUGUUCAUUCAGAGCAUAGAAAAUUGGCGGAUAGAUCACACCUGCAAUGUGGAAAUCAGCAGUCUAGGCCUCCAUUUUCAGUGUUGGCUCAAAAUUUACACAAUGUUAAUGUGACUGGGCAGCAUCAUGCCAUAAAUACCAAGGAGGUCUCCAUUGAUGCAUCUCAAAACAGUAAGAUUCAAGGAACGUAUCUCAGAAAGGAUGACCCAAAGAUAACAGUUUUGAUGCAACAAGCAGAACUUCUCAGUUCACUUGCAUUGAAAAUUAACACAGAGAAUACAGACCAGAGUCUAGAAAAUGCAUGGAAGGUCCUUCAAGACUUCUUGAAUCAGAAAGAAAAUGAUAUCCUCAGAUACAGAUUCACUGACAUCGAUUUUCAACUUGAAGACUUUAAAGACUUUAUAGAGGAUUUAAGGAGUAGUAAUGAUGGGAGUCGACCAUCUUGGAGGCAACCUGAUCUAUAUGAGGAGUCUCCAGCCAGCUCCGAAUACAGUACAGGAUCAACUCUAAUGCCUUGCACAGCUCCUGACAAAACAGAACAAACUCAGGUUGAGAUUGGUGCACUGCAUGAGGACUUUCCAAUUGAAUUACAAUCAGUUCAUGUGAAAGAGCAAAGAGAUGUGGAUGAAUGCGAGAAAGAAUCUAUUUCGUGUGCAAACAUAACUCAAGGGGUGAUAUUUCCAUCUUUUGAUCAGCAAGCCCACGAUGACACAGUUGUUUCUGCCUCAUCAAGUACAGAGUUCAGUUCACCCAUUCAAGUUACUCCACUUUUCAGAUCAUUAGCAGCAGGGAUUCCCAGCCCAAAAUUUUCAGAAAGUGAAAGGAACUUCCUAUUAAAAACACUUGGAGUGGAGUCUCCUUGUCCCAAUCCAAGCAUCAAUCCUUCUCAACCGCCCCUUUGCAGAAGAGCCCUCCUCCAAAGUCUAUAACAAACCUCUCUGAACCAUCUCACCUACAGAAAAUGGUCUAGCCCUUUCUUUUCUUCUCUUGUUUAAUGUCAGUUUCCUAGGAUUGCAGCCAUCAUGGCCCAAAGUUUUAUUAGGAGGCAUAUUAGAUCUGCAUUCCAAGACUCAUUGUCUAGAAUGCAAUGGUGCAUUCUAGCAUCUGAGACACAUCUAACGAUGUGAUCUGAGUUCAUUUUUCUUUUCCCUUAUUAGAAAGUAAGACCCUAAUACUCACAUUUAAAACCAGUGUGCUUGUUAAUGUGUGUCAUUCUUUUGUUUGUCUUGAUUUGGUUUCGGGUGUUCCAUCUUCCGAUCCAGUUUUUGGCCUUUGAUUCGUCAUCUGUACAGAACCUACUAUAUGAUUUAGUAUUUAGAAUGUAAUUAUACUUUGGCAACUCGCCUAUAUAUAAUUAAAGAAGCAGAGGAAAAAGGAAAAAAAAAAUUAGAGGAUUAACCAGCUGAUUGGAUUCCUUUUUGGUGUUUUUGAGUGUGCAUAGGGCAUAGAAUAAGUUUCUCCCCUUUUCCUUUUCAGAUUUCUAAUGUAAUAGAACUCUUGUGAUUGGAAUGAAAAUGUGUUUUGGUGUUGGUGUGCA